AACGCCUCGGAGAGCUGUCAUAAAAGGAGGCAGAAAAUCCGUCUUCUGGACUCCUCUGCAGCCAGACAUGAGCCUGGAGACUGCACAGGAGAAGAGAGGCUGAGGUUCACCUGGUGAAAAAGGACAAGGCGAGACCCUGAGGCAGAGCUGCAGCUUUGAUCCCGGGAUGGCCGUGGAGGAUCUCCGGGCUUCCAGCACCCCUUUCUCGCUCUCCUUCUCGGGCAGCGGCUUCCUGGCCCUCUACCAGGUUGGGGUGGUGCAGUCCCUGCUGGAGCUGGCCCCCGAGCUCCUCAGGUCUGCCUGCAAGGUGUACGGCUCCUCGGCCGGCUCGCUGAUCGCCGCCGCCGUCGUCUGCGGCGUCGGCCUCGAUGACCUGAAGGAGUUUUUCUUUGCCUUGGCAACAGAAGUCAGGAAAACCAUCCUGGGCCCCCUGUCUCCCAGGUGCAGCCUGCUGGCCAAUCUCAGGGCUGUCCUGCAGAGGAUGCUGCCCGAGGAUUCCUACCUGCUGGCCUCGGGGCGGCUGCACAUCUCACUGACACGGGUGGUGGACGGCCAGAACGUCAUGGCCUCGGAGUUCAGCUCCAAGGAGGAGCUCAUCCAGGCUCUCCUCUGCAGCUGCUUUCUUCCAAUUUACUGUGGAUUCAUCCCUCCAUCCUACCGAGGAGUGCGCUACGUGGACGGAGGUUUCACGGGCCUGCAGCCCGUGUCCAGCCUGGAGGAGCCCGUGAUCACCGUGUCCCCGUUCACCGGCGAGCUGGACAUCUGCCCCCGCGACUGCCCCGCCAUCUUCUUCUGCUUCCAGAUCUUCAACGGCAGCAUCCAGAUCUCCAUCGAGAACCUCUGCAGGAUCAGCUACGCUCUCUUUCCACCCAGCACCAUGGUCUUGAACGACAUUUUCUCCCAGGGGUACCAGGACACUGCCCUUUUCCUGUACAGGAACAAUGCCUUUGGCUUUAACUACUUCGAUGGCAAUUUCCGCUUCGGCAGCACCUGUGGGAAGAAUGACUCUGGAAAAUCCAAUGGGACACACCCUGGCCUGUACAAAAGGGUCCCUCAGUGCCUGACCCCUUACUUCCUGCCAGGCUUGUGGAAGAAGGAGCAGGUGAAUGGACUGCAGGACCCACUGGCCAAGGUCCUGCUGCAGCCCUACAGGCUCCCAGCCUUGAUCAGGAAGGGGGUGAGGAAGGUGUGGGGGCUGCUGGAAGGUCUCAGCUCCCUGGCACGGCGACUCCACGAGCUCCUCCAAGCCCUGGUGCCUGGUUUGCCCAAGACAGCCGUGGACAGGAGGAGGUAACAAGGAUUGUCCCAGUGGGACCUUGGGAUCUCCAGCACAGCCUUGGAAUGUGGAGGCAACACCAGCACAGCUGCUGCUUCUGUAUUUUUUUCUUCAGAACCUGUCUGGUUCUGUCUGCAGUGCUGCCCUGCUCAGGCCUCACCUGAUGGCCAAGGCAAAGCUCCAGGGCUGCUCCUGGACCCACCCCAGGCUGCAGGGCCCAGGGGCAGAGCUCACAGCCCAGCCUUUCCCUCCCACUCCAUCUCCUCCCACCUGCAGCAUCCCUUCCCUGCUUUAAUGCAGAUUACAAUUGCCAGGAAAUGCCAUGUUUUAAGUGUUUUCCUCCAACUCAAAAACUUCCAGAGAGAUUCCUCAGAGAGAGAGAGAGAAGCCUUAAGGAGCAUCAUACUGGGCAGGAACUAAUUUUUCUCCAGUUCCCUGAAGUUUUUUUACUUCACACCUGCCCAUAGCCCUGCUUCUCCUGCCUGUGGGAGUGCAUUUGGAUCCCCCUGGAACUUGCAGCUGUGCAGAAGGAUGGAGGAACCUAAAGAUCUACUUCCAAGUCCUGCAGGCAGCAUCUCCUGACCUGUCACAAAUACAUGAGUUCUCCUCCUGCAAUUGUCUGUAACUCAUGGCCACAGACAGAGCAAGGCACCCUGUGCCACUGAUCUGCACACAGAAUUAAUUGGCAGUGCUCUCAAUUAUCUCAAAUCCACGCUGCAUAUCAGAGCCUGUGGAUUGGCUUUGCCUCCCCUGUUUGUUGGUUCCCAACAGGCAACAAAUGGAUCCCAACAGCAGCAGCAGUUAAUUAGAGUAAACAGCCUGUUUAAUUGCACAAAGGGAAAUGGAGCAGAGGGAAGUUUCAUCCAAAGGGCCAUGAAGACUGCAGGGAUGAAUGUGGGAUGCAGCUGAAGGGAGCUUUGCUAUAACAAGACUCAAAGUUACCUAGGAGUGCUGUGUGAAAGAACAAAAUCCUCUGUUCUGCCAUCUUUUGUUCAAAGCAGUGACCUGGGAUACUUUUUCUGAAAUGAGUUUUCUAAAAGAAACCUGGAUGCUUAUUUCAUGGAAUUGUGUAAUGCUUUGGGUUAAAAGGGAUCACCUUAAAGAUCACCUUGUUCCACCCCCCACCAUGGGCAGGGACACCUUCCACUGUCCCAGCUGCUCCAGGGCCCAUCCAGCCUGGCCUUGGGCACUGCCAGGGAUCCAGGGGCAGCCACAGCUGCUCUGGGCACCCUGUGCCAGGGCCUCAGCACCCUCACAGGAACAAUUCCUUCCCAAUAUCCCAUCCAGCCCUGCCCUCUGGCAGUGGGAUCCAUUGAGCCUAGUCCUGUCCCUCUCCAGCCCCCUGAGGCCCCUUUAGCUCCUUGAAGGGGCUCUGAGGUCUCCACACAACCCUCUCUUCUCCUGGCUGAACAGCCCCAGCUUUCUCAGCCCCCAGAUAACUUUCUGGCCCUUUUGGAUGGAUCCUGUUUGCAUUGGAUCCUGUCUUCCAUCCAUCCAUCCAUCCUGGAUGGAUUUCCACCUCUCAAGCACUCCAGCCAAAGCCAGGCUGCUCAAAUCCAGCUGUUCCUGCCACAGGGCAAUGUGGAAGGCUCAGAGACACCCAGCCCUCCCCAGGUAGGGACAAGCAUUUGCUUUUGCACCUCUGCUCCCUCCCACUUAUCCAACAGCUCCUUCUCCAGGCUGCAGCAAGCACCAUCCCCACCUCCAGGCAGGCUUUUACCAUUUCAGUCAGCCUGAGGCACUUACCCAAUUGAAAUGGGCAUCAAAAUCCCCCACAGAAAAUUCUCAGCUAGGAACUGCACUUCCAAAUCCCCUAAAUGCCUCUGCCAGAAACAGGAGCACAGUUUGAACUGCCCAGUGUAUCCCACUGGUGCCUGAUCAUGUGCAAUUAGUAAAACUUUGAGAACUUUAACAAAAAUCAAUCUGCAAGGAACCCCCAAACUAAAAUGGUCUCAGUGCAGAACCAUCCUGCUCUAAAUCUGCAGGAAUGAGCAACAAAUAAGUAUUUAACAAUUCAGUAUUCAAAUCAGCUGGGUUUUGCUUUAUUAAUCCCUCAUCUUUUCAAGCAGGCAGAGCUGAUGCUGUCUCCUCUUGGAGACAGGAGCUUGGAGCUAAUGGCAACAGAGGCUUUGCCAGAGGCAAUGGAUAGAGGCAAAAUUUGGCAUUGAUUGGAAUCUUCUCGUGCAGGAGCUCGUUUCCCCCCCAAGGAAGCCAAGUGGGAAGCCCAGCUGCAGCCAGGCAGGACAGGACAGCCUGGAAUGCCUCCUCUAGGGCUGGAUCAUGGCAACCAUCCCAGGGCUGUGCUGGGACACUGCUGGCACAGCCCGUGUGCUCCCUGGGGCAGGGCAGGCUCAGCUUCAGGCUGGGUUCCACGUUGCUCAUUGCUUCUUUACAGCACAAACAGGGGCCAAAGGCAGCAGCAGGGUGAGAAAUGUUCCUGUGAGGCUGAGCUGGUCCUAAGGGGAAUAAAACCACGUUGGUCAGUCUGGCAGACACCUCUGGCAGCUCCUGUGGGACAAACUGGAUUCAAGUGCCCGGUCAGAGCUGCUGGCCUUCCUCCUGAUGUCUGAGGGGCAGCAGGUUUUGGUGUCCUCAAAAUAUUAUCCUUGUACCCCUGUCCUGUUGCUUGUCUCAUUCUGCUUUGAACUCAGCAGAAAUGUGAAGCCUGAGGUGGAUGGGAUGAGAGUCUGGAGACAACCCCAGAGAGCAGAGCUCCCUCUGGAGCUGAUCCCACUGCAGGGCUGUGAUCCAUGAACUGAGCCCAGCAAAGCCAAGCACGUGCCCAGUCCUGCCUGUGGCUCUGGCUCUUGGCUCAGGUGUUUUAUGCCACCUCUGUGUCCAGGCUGGCUACUAAGGAGGGGCAAUUCCUUGUGCAAUUGUCCUGCUGGGUAAGAGGCAAGUGCUUGUGGAUCACCUGCCAGUGCAGCCUGAGCCUGGUGGGACUGCAGGGCAGGCACUCACCCUCUGGAAAUGUCACUUGUUCAAGGAAUCAGGUACAAACUGUUCAAAAGUUUAUCCCCCUGCUGCCUUGGGAGCAGCAAUGCUGUUCUGGCAUUGCACAGACAAACACUGAAAGAGCCUUUUCCUGGUCUUCCCUUCCCUCCCAGAACUGGAAAAUGUGAUGUGCUUCUGCUCUGGAGAUGGGCAGCCUGGACUCAGCCCUUCAUUGCUCUCUGGCCUAACAAAUGAGUCAGGAUUCCUCCCACAGGAGGAAUUUUUCACCUGAGGCUGGUCAAAACCUUUGCAGCCCAGCUGCAAACCUGAGGCAGAGAUUGCUGAUAGCCCAGAGCUGCCCAACAUCCAAAAAACCUCAUUCCCACCUUGCUGCUUCCAAAAGCUCCACAUAGCUCAGACUGAUGGAGCCUUUAGAAAAGCAACCAGGGAAUCAACUUCUACAGCCUAACACUGUGUCCUGUAUUUCUUAGUGAGUCAAAGGAAAUACCCUUCUUGAUUCCAUUUUUUGUUUUCCAAACUUUUGAGAUCUGGAAUGGUAAUGGUUCUAUUCUUUCCCCUUGACAUUCCUCAUUUGUUGUGGGCUGAUUGUGUAAUUUGUCACUUUUCAUUUAAUUGAUGUGGCUACAUUUUAAAUAAUCAUCAUGUUGAAAAAGCUGUGUAAUUUUUCUUAAGCUGGUAAAUUCUGAAAUAUUGAAAGACUCAGAAGGAAAGAGAAAAUAAAGAGUAAAACUGAAAGC